CCUGCCCCUUCCUCUUGCCCCUGCCCCUGCACCUGGGGGCCACGGUGCCCCAAACAUGUGCUUAUACAGGUCAGCCGUAUCUGGGAGAAUAACACAAACACGUAAAAAGAAGGUUAAUAUAUAUAGUUGAUGAUAGUUCAACCAGCUGCCUGAAUGAGCCUCAGGAAUUCCUCUGAACGCUGGACCUGCAGGAACAAACCUGACUGACGGGAUGGACUUUGUUUCCUCAAGCUGUGAGUUCAGCUGAUGUCGGGGUCUCUGCUCGUCCACCUGGUGAUGAGUUCAGGCUUUGGAAAUCACUCCCUGUGGAUUUUGGCCACCUACACUUCAGUACCAACCCAGUUCCCAGAGUUCUCCAUGGUUCUGAUGCUGGAUGACAUCCAGGUGGGGUACUAUGACUCAGAGACCAACAGAGUGAUGAAGAUUGGUGGUGGAGGUGAAAAAGGGGCAGAGCUUGACCUGGGACAUUUUGCCUUGAAUGUGAUACAGAAGAUGAUGAUGAGUAUGAGGAUGAGGUUGGACAUAGUCAGGAAACAGCUGAAUCUGACCUCUCCAGGCGUCUACGCUCAACAGAGGAUGGUGGUUUGUGAGGUCCAGGAAGACGGUCAGCCUGAUUUCAUCAUGUCCAGGGAUGGUGCAAAUGGUCAUGAUGCCGACAUCAUCCAUUGUAAUACGACUCACUUCCUGUACGCUGGUGGUGAUGGUUGGGAUUUCCAGUUGGACACCAUGAGGCAGAUGUACUUGCAGACUCUAUACACAAACAUUUACCUGCCCUUAUGCACCUUGACUCUACGACGCCUGUUGGAGAGCGAGAAGCACCUGGUGUUGCGUCGUGUUCGACCUCGACUACGCCUCCUAUCACAGCCGGGGGGGGGCGGGGCCCAGAUCACCUGUCUGGCCACAGACUUCUACCCUCGCCACAUCAACCUGACGCUGCUGCGGGACGGUGAACCCGUGGACGAGGACCAAAUGACCGUUGGCUCGGUGUUGCCCAACGGCAACGGUCUCUACCAGCUGAGGAAGACGCUGGUGGUGGAUGAAGAGGAGCUGCAGAGGAAGCACAAGUACACCUGUGCAGCGUCUCACCUGAGUCUGGACAACCGGCUGGACGUGAGCUGGAGGGCGGAGUCUUUCCGCUCUUUCAGAGUCCACGUCAUCUCUGCUCCCGUCGUCCUGAUGGUUGCUGCCAUCCUGCUGCUGGUGCUAAUGAUGAAGAUGAGGAAGAGGUCAGGGACAGAGGGCAUCUCCAUGGAAACACAGGAGAGUCCCGGAGCAGACACCUGAAUCUUGAUGACACGGUUCCAGAGGUUGUGAGCAUCAGAUCUGGACUGAAAGACAUCCUGAUGAAAAGUUGUCCCUCUGAAGUUCUGAUAGGAUAUUGAUCUGUUGAGCUGUUAUUGUUCAGAAUCUGUAGUUUUACAGAAAGAAAUGUGAAAUGUGAGCUACCCUCACAAAAACAUGCACACAGUCCUGGGCUACACAUGCCCCCUCUGGCCAACCGGGGCGCCAGAUGGGGUGGGGAGGAUCCGGCUGGAAUAGCGUGAUCCUUCCACGCGCUACAUCCGGCCGGAGAAUCCCCACCCUGUCUGGUGAAAAGAUGCGGCCUGCUCACUCCUCAGGUUAAGGAGGAGACCUGAGCUCAGUGCAGGGCCCUCCCGGGGUUGGUAGAGACGGCAAUGCCCAGGGGCCUCAUCUAUAAAGCUUGCUUGCGCUCAAAAAGGGCCUGAAAGAUGCGCAAGCCACCUUCUACGCAAAGGCUGGGAUCUAAAAAGAAAAAACUAACCGAAAAAUGUGCGUAUCCCUACACCAACCCUGACCUUCCCGUAGGAACUUACUUAAGACAUGGGGAACUGGCGACGCAGGCGGUGAGGUGGUGAAAUGCCGCCAGAUUCAUGUCAUACUGUUUUUUUAUCAUCUUGUUAUCAACA